AUGCUGCUGCAGUAUCGACUCGCUGUUGUCGAAACCAGGAUUUCGUUAAAGCUGUCGAGCUGUCCCAAAGCCUGGUUUGGCUCACUCGUGAAUGAAUCUGUGCCUGAGUAUGAAUGGAAGGGUCUGCAAAGGCCUGCUGCCGCAGAAGUGGCCGUGCUCGUGCCUCCCGCUGUUGACAUGACCGGUGUCGCCGACGACGACGACGACGACGACGACGGUGGAGUGGGAACACCCGUCGAAACAACCACGCCCGGCGGCAGAGGUGUUCCUGGCGCCACUACAGGCGAGGGGGCAUUUGUGCAGACGGUCGUACUUGUGUUUUUGAUCUCGCCAAGCAGCCCUCCAGAUUCAUACGAGACCAGCGAGAACGGAAAGAGGACCGAUGAGCUCCGUUUCCAGGACGAAAUUUUGCUUACACCAAAAAGCACAGAGUUCCGAGAGCCGUUGUUGCAGUUGUUGCUAUUGGGUUUAUGGUCAUUGAUGUCGUUAUUGCCGUGGACAAGGUUUUGCGCGUCUGUAGAGGAGAAUGCUGAUAUGAAUGGUGUCGUUGUGAAUGCAGGCGAGUUGGAGGAGGUGCGCCGAGAAGAUAUCGAGGGAGACGAAAACGGCGAUCCAGACUCUGUCGACUCUGACGUCCUUACAUUUGUCGGCAAGGCUGAUGUGGAUUCAAGCGACCUCUUGAAGAGAAAGGACGAGACAAUGGGUGGGGAUUUGGUUGCACCUGAAAUCGACUUUGCAGCCUUGGAGUAUCUUCUAGGAGAGGAUGAGCUCGCGAUAACCAUGUGUGCUUUGGCGUUAUAUCUUCUGCUUGCGUUUGUUGCUCAUGCUGCUGCUGUUGCUGUUGUUGUUGUUGUUGUUGUUGUUGUUGUUGUUGUUGCUGCUGUUGGCGAUCCUGUUGCUGGGUGGUACUGA